UUGCAUUCAUUUCUGCCUUUGUUCGCCUACGCUAUAAGCUUCUGUACCUCCGUGUGCUGCAUGAAUAAAACGUUUGCUGGUAUUCUACAUGAAAAGUCUGAAAAGGCGUAUAAAAUUCAGGGCCUCCGAACUUCUAUCACAUUAAACGCAGAGCAAAAGGUCAUAUUUAUUAAAUAAGUCAAAUAUCGAAACUUUCAGUACGGGAUUUCAGUCUGAGUCACGCCGUGUUUACAUCUUGGCGUACUCAACACCCUCUUAAAAGUCGAUGAAGCCUAUUUAACUCUUUAUUGGGCGCUUGAUUUGGUGGUUUAAUUUGUUAAACACGUCAUAUUGCCAUGGCAAAAUUAUUCGUUUGAAAGGGUGAUCAGUAGACGGCGAUCAUGCCAUGGACCAAGACCUGUGACAAAGUUUGGACCAAAAGCAAAACUCGUUGAUGAUCAUUCUGUAGCUGAUAAUAGUAUCAAUUCCACAUGUGAUCCAUCAAGUAUGAUUCUUGGCUGGAAGAGUCAGCCAAAACAAGUUUUAAUCAUCAGAAAACCUGGCGAAGAUGACGAUGUGAAUAAUUCAUUCAAGGAAUUGGCUUACUGGCUAGUUACGGAGAUGAAUUUGAUGCUUUACGCCGAGCAGGCGUCUUUGUCCGAACCAAGCAUUGCAAAUGACAAACGUGUUCAAGACAUUCGAAGCAAUAUUUUUACUUGGCGUCAACAUGAAGGAUUAGAAAGCAGUAUCGAUUUUAUAAUAUGUCUAGGAGGGGAUGGUACAUUGCUGUAUGCUGCCUCGUUAUUCCAGCGUAAUUGCCCACCAGUGGUGGCGUAUCAUAUUGGAUCACUCGGGUUCUUGACUUGUUUCAAGUUUCCUAACUACAAACAGGAUUUGACAUCUGUAGUCAACGGAAGUGGAAAACUUAUUCUACGCAAAAGAUUGGAGUGUCAACUGAUGUUCAAACGAGGAACGGACGAUAAGAACCACAACGAAGACGACAACAACAUAACGUCUUACACAGUGCUAAACGAAUUAGUCAUCGACCGCGGCAGUGCUCAAUCAUUGUCAAAUCUGGACGUGUACUGCAAUGAUCGCUUGAUCACCUCUGUGCAAGGAGAUGGUCUUAUAGUUUCUACUCCAACCGGAAGUACGGCGUACGCUGCAGCCGCUGGUGGUUCUAUGGUACACCCCAGCGUCCCGGGUAUCCUACUUACCCCUGUGUGUCCUCACUCGCUUGCCUCACGACCUGUCAUUGUCCCCGCUGGCGUGGAAAUUAAGAUUAUUUUAUCCCAAGAAAGCCGUUCAGGUGCCUUCGCAUCUUUCGAUGGUCGUGAUAGGCAGGAGCUUCGAAGAGGAGAUGGUAUUCGAGUAACAACAUCAGUGUAUCCUGUGCCAUGUCUCACACGCGAGGAUCAAAUCACUGAUUGGUUUACGAGCCUUGGCGAAUGUUUACAUUGGAAUGCUCGUCGAAAACAAAAACCUUUUUAAACGGUAUCAUGAAUAAUAAGAAAUGAUUUUAACAAUGUAGAUAGAAUAUUCCGUAAUUUCGUUUUUCUUACUCGUAACGUAAUUAUGUGAAGCUCUGAGCCGCAAUAAAAUGUGCGUGUCGCAUUGCGUCCAGAUUUACAUAAUUUAGGUAGCAGUUUGAAAAAUAGACUUGGCUGGCCCAAGUCUCAAUAUUAUUGUAAUUCAUGUUUAGUAUAAACUGACUAAUAGCGAUGUUUAGUAUAAAGUAAUAGCGAUGUUUAGUAUAAACUAAACAUGGGAAAUUAUUGCUCGUUGAAUACACUCCGUGUUUUAUAAAUAUUCAUGUCAUAAAUAUAUGUUGAUGGGGGUCAUCGUUUGUAGUGCGCUCAUUCUCAGGUUUGUCUGAACAGACAUUCCUGGAACCGUUAUCACGUAUCUUAAACCAAUAAACUACUGCCGUCAAAGCCAUUUCUAAGAUCUCAGAAAGCUUGAUAUCAGAUGACCAUCCCCUAAAAUCAAGGACUGCAUGUCAAAGAUGAAUUGAAGUUGGAAGAUCGAUCAAAACGUAAGGUAAUUGAAUAGUGAAAUCGAAUAUAAGGAUAUAAGUUAAAAGUAC